AAACAACUGGGAACUCGGAAAUCUCUGACUUCAGUGCUUUCAAGACAACUGGGAAAAAGAGAGAAAAAACGAGCUCCGACUAGGGAAAAUCGUUUUGAAUGGUCAUCCAAGUUCAAGGCGGAAACUCGGGCAUCUGUCUGGAGCUCCGACUGUCCGACUCGAAGUUUGUGUUAGUUAGUGUGCGUGACCACUGAGCUAUAGGUGUGGCCAACUUGCAAAGAUACGUGACUGAGGACGGUCCACGUACUUCCUGUAUUGAAAUUAGGUUGGACGACCAACGUAUAACACCGAUUCCACACUGCUCUCGGAUUACUUUGUCAAAUUAUGUAACAGAACCCUUUGUCUGCGGCAGCACUAGUGUAAUAUUAGCUGUUUGCAUUGUCCGCAUGUGUAUCGAAUUAAACGCCUAACAAGCGUUUUCAUAUUCAAAAAGGUGAUCAUUACGAUCCCGCUUGGCCAGCCUGUCACGCCGGGGGCAUUCUUCCCAUUCCAAUCCCCCUGUGAAAAUGUCUUGCUAGCCAGCUAGUAGCUAUCUACACCUCAGUUUGUGGUUGUGCGUUGUAAUGUUUAGUAUUGUAUCCAUCUCUUCACUACUAUGGCUGUACGUUGGUUAUGCAGCCUGUUUGGGAAGCCCUUUGAUGGUGGGAAGAGAAUGGACCAUGGCAGCCAGCAGCAGCACCCAGCCAUGAAUAGGCUCUAUGAGGUCCAGCGGGAGGUUCAGUCUCUGGGCCCUCAAGUGUGCACCUUCAGCGGGCUAAAGAACGAGCGGGAGUACCGGCGCCUGGAGCGCGAGCUGACCCAGUUGCUCCUGGAAGUGGACCAGGUGGACACGGAGGGCAGGGCAGACCUACAGGGGGCACGCAAGAGAGCAGCCCAGGAAGUAGAGGGACUGUUGCGCUACCUGGAGGAGAACGCCACCCACCCGUCUCGCCUGGCCAUCGAGGAGCUGAGCCGGGAGGCCCAGAGGCUGGUGGAGCAGGGGGUGGUGGAGCCUCAGCAGGCUGGGGGCACAGCAGAGAUCAGUGAUGAGCUGGUGGAUGCUGUGCAGGAGCUGAUACUGAGGCUCACCCAGGUGAAGACAGGAGGGAGAGUGCCCCUCCGCAAGGCUCGCUACCGGGCCCUGACACGACUGUGUGCCGUGCAGGACGUGAUCGAGGGUCGCACGCGCCAGCAGACCCUUCCCCUGUCAGAAGACACGCACGUGGCCGUGCAGAGGAUCAACCAGGUGAUGGUGCAGGUGAGUGUUGCGCGCAGCCAGCUGGUGGCACUGCUGAUGGGGCUGAGUGGGAGGGAUAGCUGUGCCCACCUCUCCCGCGUGCUCACUGAGCUCCUAGUGGAGCUGGAUGCCCUGGACGUGUCGGGGAACGCAGCGGUCAGAAACUACCGCAAACAGGUGGUGGAGGAGAUCAACAGCCUGCUCAAACACCUGGACCUGGAGGGAGAGGGAGACGAUACGCGCAGGUAUGACUUGGGGCAGAAUGACUCUAUCCGUCAGAUUGAGGCGGUGCGUGGUCGGGUGGGCCAGCUGCAGGGGGAGGUCCUGCGACACUGUGGGGUGGGCGACCUCUUCAGGCCGAAGCCUGAGCUCCAGAGUCUCCUCACACAUCUGGACCAGGUAGACACAGCCCGUAACCCCUGUAUCCGUGAAGCCCGGCGGCGUGCCGUGCUGGAGGUCCAGGCUGUUAUCACCUUCCUGGACCUCCGUGAGGCCCUGAUCUGCCGCCAGCCCAGCCCCAACGAGCCCUCACAACACAGGGCUGUGUGGAUAGUCCUGGGCAGCCUGUCAGACCUCCAGGCCCAGGUACUCUGCUUCAAUGGCAAGCAUGCCGACAAGAGCUACAUGCUGCUGGAGGAGCUUCUGACCAAACAGCUGCUGGCACUGGACGCGGUCGACCCACAGGGCGACGAGAUGACCAAGGUGGCCCGCAAGCAAGCAGUCAAGUUUGCCCAGAACAUCCUCAGCUUUCUGGACAUGAAGACAGAUGAGUGGGAGUACUGAUCCACUGGAAAAGACUGGACAUAGCUGUAGGAUGCCCUAUGGAAUUGUAUAUAAACUGGUGCAUCUUCGAUCUAAGAGAGUUGGGGUGUGUAAAUAUUGUCUAAAUCCCAGAAUGCACGUCAGCAGCGCUUUUGUCUCUUUGUCAUUGUUGCUGGUCUGUAGGGGGGGGGGGGG